AUGAAAAAACGUGAAGUUAUUAGAAAAUGGUUGGAAAAGAUCAAAAACGAUUUUUACACGUACAGAAUAUUUGAAAUACGCGACGACUAUGGUGAUGAUGAAAACUAUUGGAGAAAGUUCGAUGACAUUUAUGUUAACGUUAUAAUGCAAGCUGAAAGACAGCUAGAAAAUGCUUAUCCAGAAACAUUCAAGAGGCACGAAAUAUUUAAUUGUCAUCUUAAAAUUCACGAAGAUGCUAAAAAACUGACGAAAGUGACAGAAAUUUUCAAACCAAGUUGGAAAAAAACAGAGCAAUCGUUUCCGCGAUCUAUUUUGGUUAUUGGAAGGCCAGGAAUUGGUAAAACUAUGUUGGCAAAAAAACUUAUAUAUGAAUGGAAAAGGAGUUCAGAUGAUUUUUGGCAUGAUAAACUCGCGCUUCUAAUUCGUUGUCGUACAAUUGCAUACGAUAAUCUUAUUACUAUCAAAGAUAUGCUGAGUAAUUGUGAUGGAUUGUCGAAUGAACAGUUUGCACAAAUCUAUGAUUUUAUUCAGUCAAAUCCUGAUAGAAUUAUUCUUAUUUUUGACGGGCUUGAUGAGCUCCCUCUGAACAAUGAACGUCUUAGAUUUGUUGGCUCAGUGUGUGCUGAUGCAAAAUUGCCAGCAUUUACCUUGUUAAGUAUGCUAGUCGAAAAUAAAUUGCUCCGUAAUGCCACAGUUCUAAUAACAUCACGACCCACAGCUGAAUUUGCAUUUAAGUCUUUAAAGUUUGACAGAACUGUCGAGAUCUUGGGCUUUUUCGAGGACCAAAUUAUCGAAUACGUUGACAGGUUUUGUGGAGAAGAUAAAAACACUAUGGAGCUGAUUUUAAAUUAUAUCAAAAGUUCUCACGAACUGCGUAGUUUGUGUUAUAUUCCUGUCAACACUUACAUCAUCUGUCUAACGUUGAAAGAAUGUUUUAUCAAUAACUCAAAGGAUAUUCCGAAAACUACCACUGAAUUAUACAAAAGAGCAGUGAAAAUCUUACUAUGGCGUCACCAUCCUCGUUGUAAAGCUGGAUUGAUCCCCAAACCUAACAGAGGUUAUCUUAUCAAAGAUUUACCUAAAGAACUUGGGGAGGACAUACAAAAAAUGAAAAGUCUAGCAAAAAAAGGAAUUGACGCAGGGAAGUUGAUUUUUGAUGAACCUAGUCUCGCUGAGUUUCCUAACUUGGCCAACUGUGGCCUAUUUCAUCAGAUACCAGAUAAACGACGUGAUCUUUACUGUUUUUUACAUUUGACACUUCAAGAAUUUUUGGCUGCCUGGUUUAUUAUUGGUGACUUGCAAAAAGUUGGAAAGUUUUUGGACGAUCAUGUUAAAGAUCCUAAGUGGCAUCUAGUGAUAGAGUUUAUUGCUGGUUUAAUGGGGGACGUUAAGAGAAAAGGAAACAUCAUGGAUAUCCAAGCUGUAAAUGAUGUUGAAAAAAGACUUAAAACGUGGAUCACUCAGCUGACUCUUAACGAAAGAAAUCAAACACUCGGUUUACUAGGUGUCAAGUGUUUGUACGAGCUGCAAGAUAGAAAUAUAAUUAAAUCGGCUUGCAAGGCACUAGAGAGUGCCGUGUCAAGUAGUUGUAGAAGAAUAACUAUUGCUAAUGUUUCAUUUACACCUGUUGAUUCUAACUCACUUUUUGAAUUUUUAUCAGAAUGCAUACACAUAACUAAACUCAGGUUUAGUUUUUGCAAGUUCCUUGAUAAUCAUAGCUGUCUUAGAAUGAAGCUUUUUUUGUCAAACAUGAUAGCGAGUGACUUAAUUUCUUUACAGUUUUUAUCAUGUAAGCUAAAUUAUCAUUUUUGGAAGUAUCUUAGUGAAGCUUUGAAGAGUGAGAACUGUAAGCUUACUGAAUUGUGCAUAAAUGGUGACAAACUAACAAAUCAAUGUGCAAAAUAUAUUAGCGAAGCUUUGAUAAACGAGAACUGUAAGCUAGUUAAAUUAAUUAUUUAUGAUAAUGAGCUAACUGAUCAAGGCUUAAAAGAUCUUAGUAAAGCUUUGAAAAGUGAUCGAUGUAAACUCAAUGCGUUAAAUAUAAGUGAUAACAAAGUAACAGAUGAAGGUGCAAAUUAUGUGAGUGAAGCCUUAAAAACAAAACAUUGUAAACUUAAUAAAUUAGAUAUAAGCAAUAACGAAGUAACAGAUAAAGGUGCAAAAGAUAUUUGUCAAGCUAUAAAAAAUGAGAAUUGUAACCUAACUGAAUUGCAUAUGUGUGAUAGUAAAUUGUCAGAUCAGGUUGCAGAAGAACUUGGAAUAUCUUUAGAAAGUGGGAAAUGUAAACUUACCAAAUUGUUUCUCAGUAAAAAUAGAAUAACCAGCGAAGGUGUCAAGCAUCUUUGUAAAGCUUUAAAAAGUGCAAAUUGCCAACUAACAGACUUGUAUAUUAGUGAGAACAACAUAGCUGAUAAUGGUGCAAAAUAUCUUAGUGAAGCGUUGCAAAGUGAAAAUUGUAAAUUAAUUGCAUUGUGUAUUAGUGUAAAUUCACUUCAAGAUAAAGGAGCAAAAUAUCUUAGUCAAGCUUUAAAAAAUGAAAAUUGUAAACUGUUAAAAUUGAAUAUUCGUCAUAACAAUUUGACAGAUCAAUUUGCUCAAUAUCUUUGCGUUGCUUUUAAUAAUGAGAAUUUUAAGCUUUUUACGUAA